ACCGCGCUCUGCUGACAAACAGGUCGGAUAACCUCACAGUCGGGAUGAAUUCAGGGUCAACCCCUCCCGCCACUGUCUCCUCCUCCCUUUGGGUGCCACCUUCUUUCUCUGCUGUCGAUGAGCUUCGGCUUUCCCGGCCCCUCACUCAGCGCCCUGCAACCAGUCCCCAGCACACUGUCCUCCAACGCGGUUGCCCAGCGUCCGGGACCCUCCCACGGUCAUGGGCAGGGUUUCCUUCAGUGGUCCAGUCCGGUCAGUCCGGAGACCCAACUCUCCUUGGCAGGGGCGAUGCUACGUCUCCUGCAGAGUGCCCCCUCCACCCGGCACUCUCCACGCCUCAGGUGGACGGGGCUGCACGCGGGCUCCUGGGGAGGCUGCAGAAGGAGCCGUCGGAAGCAGCCCCUUGGGGAUCCAUGACCUACUCUCCGCGCCAGCGUCGCGGACGCCCGGCAUCUGGAAGGACCGCGCAGCGGCCUCGUCUGCCCCAGAUGUCUUGGUAGCUGAUGAAGAUGACAUGGGUGAUGGCUGCUCUCAGAAGCUGACGACUGCUAACGUUCUCCGUUUCCUGUUGCUGGUUCUGAUUCCAUGUAUCUGUGCUCUCAUUGUCCUGCUAGUGAUCCUGCUCUCCUUUGUUGGAACAUUAAAAGAAGCCUAUUUUAAAUCAAAUGGGAGCGAACCCGUGGCCACUGAUGGUGAAGUUCAAGUGCCUGAUGUUAUUCUUAUCAAUACAAUUUAUAACGAGAGCACCGUGACAUCUACUAUACAACCCAAACACAUUCCAACUUGGACCACAAAUGCUUCUUUCCUGGGGGACCAAAAUCACAGGAACACAAGUGCCUGCAUGAACAUCACCCACAGCCAAUGUCAGAUGCUGCCCUACCACACCACGCUAAUUCCUCUCUCCUCGAUUGUCAAAAACACGGAAAUGGAGAAGUUCCUCAAAUUCUUCACGUAUCUCCAUCGCCUCAGUUGCUAUCAACAUAUCAUGCUUUUUGGCUGUAGCCUUGUCUUCCCCGAGUGCAUCAAUGAUGGUGAUGACAGCUAUGGACUCCUGCCCUGUAGGUCAUUCUGUGAGGCUGCAAAAGAGGGCUGUGAAUCAGUCUUGGGGAUGGUGAAUGCCUCCUGGCCUAAUUUCCUCAAAUGUUCCCAGUUUAGAAACCAAACUGAAAGCACCAACGUCAGCAGGAUUUGUUUCUCACCAGAGAAGAAAAAAGGAAAGCAAUUGUUCUGUGGAGGAGGCGAGAGCUUUCUGUGUGGCAGUGGAAUCUGCAUCCCCAGGAAACUGCAGUGUAAUGGCUACAACGACUGUGACGAUUGGAGUGAUGAGGCUCAUUGCAAUUGCAGUGAGAAUCUCUUUCAGUGUCACACAGGCAAGUGUCUUAAUUAUAGCCUUGUGUGUGAUGGAUAUGAUGACUGUGGGGACCUGAGUGAUGAGCAAAACUGUGAUUGCGAUCCCACAAAGGCGCAUCGCUGUGGAGACGGGCGCUGCAUCGCCCUGGAGUGGGUGUGUGACGGCGACCACGACUGCAUGGAUAAGUCGGACGAGGUCAAUUGCUCCUGUCACAGCCAGGGUCUGGUGGAAUGCAGAAAUGGACAGUGCAUCCCCGGCACUUUCCAGUGUGAUGGAGAAGAGGACUGUAAGGAUGGAAGUGACGAGCAGAACUGCAGUGAGGGUCGGACUCCAUGUCAAGAGGGUGACCAAAGAUGCCUCUAUAAUUCCUGCCUUGACUCAUGUGGUGGUAGCUCUCUUUGUGACCCGAGCAACAGUCCAAAUAACUGUAGUCAAUGUGAACCAAUUACAUUGGAACUCUGCAUGAAUUUGCCCUACAACCAUACAAAUUAUCCGAAUUACCUUGGCCACAGGACUCAAAAGGAAGCAUCCAUCAGCUGGGAGUCCUCUCUUUUUCCUGCACUUGUUCAAACCAACUGUUACAAGUACCUCAUGUUCUUUGCUUGCACCAUCUUGGUACCCAAGUGUGACGUGAAUACAAGCCAACGUAUCCCCCCUUGCAGGACACUGUGUGAGCACUCCAAAGAGCACUGUGAGUCUGUUCUUGGGAUCGUGGGCCUACAGUGGCCUGAAGACACAUAUUGCAAUCAGUUUCCAGAGGAAAAUUCAGACAAUCAAACCUGCCUAAUGCCUGAUGAAGACGUGGAAGAAUGUUCACCUAGUCACUUCAAGUGUGGCUCAGGACGGUGUGUUCUGGCUUCCAGAAGAUGUGACGGCCAGCCUGACUGUGACGAUGACAGUGACGAAGACAACUGUGGCUGUAAAGAGAGAGAUCUUUGGGAAUGUCCAUCCAAUAAACAGUGUUUGAAACACACAUUCAUCUGUGAUGGGUUCCCAGACUGUCCUGAUAACAUGGAUGAAAAAAACUGCUCAUUUUGCCAAGAUGAUGAACUGGAAUGUGCAAACCACGAGUGUGUUUUACGGGACCGGUGGUGUGACGGUGCAGCCGACUGCUUAGACAGUUCAGACGAAUGGGACUGUGUGACCCUCUCUGAAAACGCAAACUCCUCUUCAUUCCUGACUGCUCACAGAGCUGCCACAGCACACCACGUGUGUGGGGAUGGGUGGCAGGAGACCCUGAGUCGGCUGGCCUGCAAGCAGAUGGGUUUAGGAGAACCAUCUGUGACGGAAUUAAUACCGGAACAGGAACAAGACCAGCAGUGGCUGACAUUACACUCCAGUUGGGAGACCCUCAACGCGACCACUUUGCAUGAACUUCUGGUAAAAGGGCAGUCUUGUCACAGUAGAAGUAAGAUUUCUCUUCUGUGUACUAAACAAGACUGUGGGCGCCGCCCUGCUGCCCGAAUGAACAAGAGGAUACUUGGGGGUCGGACGAGUCGCCCUGGAAGAUGGCCCUGGCAGUGUUCCCUGCAGAGUGAGCCCAGUGGGCACAUCUGUGGCUGUGUUCUCAUUGCCAAGAAGUGGGUUCUGACUGUCGCCCACUGCCUUGAGGGGAGAGAGAACGCUGCCAUUUGGAAAGUGGUGUUUGGCAUCAACAAUCUUGACCACCCCUCCGCGUUCGUGCAGACGCGCCUGGUGAAGACCAUCAUCCUGCACCCUCGCUACAGUCGGGCGGUGGUGGACUAUGAUAUCAGCAUAGUUGAGCUAAGUGAAGAUGUCGACGAAACCAGCUACGUCCGGCCAGUCUGCUUACCCAGCCCGGAGCAGUCGUUACAACCCGACACCUACUGCUAUAUCACAGGCUGGGGGCACAUGGGCAACAAAAUGCCCUUUAAGCUGCAAGAGGGAGAAGUCCGCAUUAUUUCUCUGGAGCAGUGUCAGUCCUACUUUGACGUGAAGACCAUCACCGCCCGGAUGAUCUGUGCUGGCUAUGAGUCUGGCACAGUUGACUCGUGCAUGGGUGACAGCGGUGGACCUCUUGUUUGUGAGCGGCCUGGAGGUCAGUGGACAUUAUUUGGUUUAACUUCGUGGGGCUCUGUCUGCUUUUCCAAAGUCCUGGGGCCUGGAGUUUAUAGCAAUGUGUCAUACUUCGUUGAAUGGAUUGAGAGACAAAUAUACAUUCACACCUUUCUCCUAAACUAAUUUCAAACUGCCAGCGACACUCAAAGAAAAUGACCUUCUUGACUGUGGAGAGCUUCCUGCAGAGAACUGUACAGAAGUACUUCCCCUGAGCUGGGAUGCUCAACAAUUUGCACUGCAAAUUUUCAUGUUUGUUUUGGUCUAAUGCAGUUCGACUUUUCUUUUUCAGCUUUAUUUUUCUUAUUUCAAGUUCAAUGAAAGUGUUUUUUAAAAAAGAAGCAAAGCAGAUUUUCUUCUUUUGUCAACCUAACUUUGUAGCACCAAAUUAUCAACUCUGGCGAGUUAGGAUAAUGCAGGCGCUAGGGUAACAGGUUAUAAAGUUCCCUCUUAUUCAUUCACAAUAGGACAUUGAGAUCCAGGCUGACUGAUCUUUGGCAGCUUUUGUUUCUCAAACACAGUAGCAUAGUGGCAACUUUCAAUAUUAACAUUGGAAACUUGCUUUUGAUUUAUAAAAACCAAGGUAAUUUUACAUGCUUAAAUUAUUUACUAUUAUUCUUCUAAAGUCUGCAAAAUUCUGAGCACUUAUGAAAGACAAGUCAGAGGUAAAAGAUAAGUAGCAUCCUUAUAGGUAGCUGAAGUAGCAAGACAUAUUGAAUGCAAAGUUCUUUAGACAUCAGUUGACACGAGUAGACAAAGCACUUGACAUUAUAGGAUUGCCCAUUCUGAACUUAAAUCAAGAUUUUAAUUCGGUAGAAAAGUCUCCAUAGAACCUUCCCAUGACUGGGGUCUAUUCAGUGUAUAACAGUUAGCCGCCUGAGAUUUCAACAACUAGGAAAAUAUUCAUGGGAAAUAUUUUGUUUCACCCAUGUGACAAUGAAUCUGAGAUUAAGCUUUGACAAAGGAGAACUUGCUUUAGACUGGAGAGAUGCAAUUUAAAAAAAAAAUAAAGUUAAAUCACACACCACCCCCAAUUAAGUAUUUUCCAGUUUCCUUGUGUCUGUCCAUACCAAUAAAGUACAGAAAUUUACUUUAAGCACAGGAAAACUUUGCAUAACAUUUUGUAAUUUUCCUUGAAACAUGUUUAAUAUCUGGUGUUGCCAUAUGUUCCCAUCAAUAAUUAAAACAAAAUUUUAAAGAUGCUUUUAAGCACUAGACCACUUUACGCACACCGAUUUCUGAAGUAAUUAGUGGCUAAAGUAUUUUUCCAUACGAAAGGCUUCAAAACACUAAUCUUCACACAUACUUAAUUUAAUUAGUCGGGCAUCCAUUUGCAACAUCCAAAUGACCUUUGAACAAGUAGGAUUCCCUACUAAGCUCCACCAGCAACCUAGACUGCCUCAGCAUUCCACUUAGAGACUACCUACAAUUUUAUACGUGUAUUUUUGUACUCUUUUCUUAUGUGUACACAUAUUUGAAAUUCAAAAAGUUGUCUUGACACUUUCCAGAUUAUUGACAUGUUCUGUAGUUUGUAUAAACCUACUGAGAAUGUGAAACAGGAAUUGAAUUUUGGUCACAAUUGUAUGAAAGUUUAAGAACCUAUGUCAGUUUUGUUACAGUUGUAGGUAUAUACUUGAUGUAACAACUUUUAGCCUUGCUCAACUUAUGUGCAGUGAAAUGUACAUACUGUACUUAUUUUAAAUAGCCAUUAAUACAAAUAAAAUGGUAUAAUCUUUGUUUUUGAUGGAUAUGGAGCAUGGAUAACAAGUCCCAGAAAACUCUGUCUCCCACUACAAUAGUUGGCACCCAGCUUCCCACCAAUCAAAAUUUACCUUGUAUCUUACUCUCACAGGCACAUACUCUUAUAUUUUAGAUGACAUAGGAUUCUUUGAUUAGUCUGAAAUUAGAAGUUGCUAAUAGUCUCAAUUCUCUAUUGAGUAUCCAAGGAAAACUUUAACCCUGGUAAGAGUGUAAGGAUAAUUAAUGUCUACAGUACAUUUUUGGAAACUGACCCAAGUCUUUCACAAGCCUUUUGUGGUAAAAUUCUAUCAAAAUGUGUUUUAGUCAAUUUUUCUUGACUAGGAGCAAUGAAAUAAUGUUGGGUCCCCCCCAAAUUUGGUGAAAUAUGCUAAAUACCAAAAUGCAACAGAUCACAUCAGCUUGGGUAACUUGUGUGAGAGUUAUUCACUUGUAAAUGAGACCUCUUAAUGGUUUAAUACAGACCCCAGUUCUCAUUCAUCUGAGGGCCAGAUGUUUAAGAAUCCAGAAUUUCUCAAAAUUUAAAAAUUACACUUUAGGGGGUGGACGGAUGGCUCAGCUGGUUAGAGCACAAGCUCGGGGCAACAGGGCUGCCGGUUCAAUUCCCACACGGGCCAGUGAGCUGUGCCUUCCGCAACUUGAAUGAAGUUAAUGAGCUGCCGCCGAGCUCCCGGGUGGCCAGAUGGCUUAGUUGGUUGGAGCGCGGGCUCUCAACCA